AUGGCCGGAUCCCAGCCAGGCAAUAUGACAUCCAUCUUUCAGUCCGCACCGCUCGCAUGCACCACAGUGACACCGACUGUUCUUCUCCCUUGCGAGGAAUCACCGACUGCUCCUUUUCCCCCCUCAGCUCCAGUAUUCCUGUAUGAGUCACCCUCAUCUGGAUAUGCAUCAUAUCCGUAUCCCACACCUCUCACUGAAUCAAGCACACCGUUGAACCUACCUUUGGUCUCCACAUCCACGUCAGAUCCUGCCAUGGUAUCCUCGUAUUCUGCGGUGCCACAGCUCCCGGUUUCCCCAGCCGCAGAGGAUACUAUUCCGAUAACAGCAAACUGUGCAGUCAAGAGGGAUAACAGCCAUUUACUGACACUUGAGACUGGCAUGGAUCUCACCCGUCAAGAUUCUUCGCCACGUCUCCAAGAAGGACCUUAUUACAAGCGAAUGUCGCUUCCUGGACAAAACGAGAUGGAACAAAUGGGCUCAUCCAUGAUGGUGAUGAUGGAUAUGACCCCCAUUGUCCCACCGUCCACAGUCACCCCCGUCUCGGCACUUCAAACUCCUUACGACGUCGCUCCUCUCAAGAAGCCCCAUUUCUGUCCUUGGCCUAACUGUCACAAGACCUUUACCCGCUCCGCACAUCUUGCUCGUCACGUUCGGUCGCACGGCGGUGAAAAGCCCUUUGUUUGUCCGCACGAAGGAUGCGGCAAACAGUUCUCACGCUCCGAUGUCCUGAAGGAGCACACUCGGAUCCACGAUAUCAAUAAGGUCCGGAGACGCAAGUCCCGUAAUUCGAGCGUGAAGGCUAAGACUGGGGCGACUGAGCAGAGGAAAUAUACGAGUAUUGCGGCAGCAGCAAUGGCGUCACAACGGGAUGAGACACAGUUAACAGCGAUCCCACCUCCGCUGAUAAAGAGAACUGCAGAGGAACUGAAAACGACAAAGAGUGAGGUGUUCCCGUUCUUAUUUCAGGCAAAUAGCGGGCAGAUGCUGACAACAGCACAUUCGCAAGCACAGUAUCAUCCGCUUCAGCAACCAGCGCAGCAAUUACCGUACCGGGAUCAGUAUCAACAACAGCAGCAACAACAGCAGCAACAACAGCAGCAACAACAGCAGCAACAACAGCAGCGAUUGCGGUCCUCCAUGCAGCAAGAUUCGUCAUUUUUUGCGUCAAUGAACUCAGAGCCAUCACUUUCUUCGCAGAACAAUAUGGCCGUAUGCGAAGGCGCAUUUGGACAGGGUCGCGCUCAUAUGGACUCUCUCACAUCAGUCACGAGCGAGGGUUCGGCCAUGGGCUACUUGGACAGUCAGCAGCAACAACAGCGGCCGUCGUCUCCGUUUUCAUAUAUGGGUGUGGACAGCAGCUCACCUCUGAAUGUAUCGAACGAUUCGAACACCUUGAGCGGGAUCAAUGGUCAAAGAGGAAUGAUGCCAUUGCAAGUUCCGCCGCCCGCCAGUCCGUAUUCUGUAGCAAACAGGUGCUAUCAGCAGCCAAUGGAACAACAACAGCAAAUGCAGAGAUAUGACCAGCGAGAGAUUCAAAUAUCAAUGGUAGAUGGCUCGAAUUACGCGAUACCACCCAACGCGGCCAGUGGAACCAGAUCGCCGUCGUCGUCAUUUGGACAGGAUGCAGUAGCACAAGGUCUGCUGGUGUCAGCAUUGACGCCGAGUGUGAAUUUGGGUGCGGAGGAAAUGCCCCAGAGCGCAAUGGGCGGAUUUACAGGCAUCUAG